CCGGCGAUCCACAGUCCCCGAACACCGAAUCAAACAGGUUCUACCAAUUCAGCAGUUUGAGACCUUCAGAUCAAGGCACACUUCAUUUCAAGAAGUUAAAAAAACUAGCGCAAGAGAUGGCCCUGAGGAGAAUAAUCAAGGAGCUCAAGGAACUGCAGAGGGAUCCACCAACUUCCUGCAGUGCAGGCCCGGUGUCUGAUGACAUGUUCCACUGGCAAGCGACCAUCAUGGGCCCCAGUGACAGCCCCUACUAUGGGGGUGUGUUCCUUGUCACAAUCCAUUUCCCUCCAGACUACCCAUUCAAACCUCCCAAGGUGGCGUUCAAGACGAAGGUGUUCCAUCCCAACAUCAACAGCAAUGGCAACAUCUGCCUGGACAUCCUCAAGGACCAGUGGAGCCCGGCCCUCACCAUAUCGAAGGUUCUGCUGUCGAUUUGCUCGCUGCUGACGGACCCCAACCCGGACGAUCCGCUGGUGCCGGAGAUCGCGCACAUGUGCAAGACUGACCGGCUGAGGUAUGAGUCCACCGCGCGGGGCUGGACGCAGAAGUAUGCCAUGGGCUAGCAGCACCCUGGGAAGAGCAGGCAGGGGAGGGGGGACCAACCAAGAUCAUAGUGGGACAUUCCGUUAUUUUGGUAAUGGAAAUGGGUUUCCCCGUGUCGGAAAAAAUGAUCAUAUUGGACAUGGAAUGUUAUUUAGCCAUGAAAAUAAGGGUUCUUUCAGGCCUAAAUCGAGUUGAGAAUUGAAAAUAAGGAUUCCUCUUGGUGAAGAAUAAGUGAUACCACCUUUUUGGUGUGGUGUUUAUGAAUUCAAUGUUAUUUGUACCACGUGUUGUAUCACAUUCAACAACGACGCUUUGGCCGAGUGGUUAAGGCGUGUGCCUGCUAAGUACAUGGGGUUUCCCCGCGAGAGUUCGAAUCUCUCAGGCGUCGCAUUUCUUUUUGCCUUUUUCUCUGUUAAGAAAUUUUAUUUUU